AUGACGCCUGUACCGAGUGUGACUGUGACGUCUUGCUAUCCGCCCCAGUUCUACGCCAGCGCCUUGGCCACUGUUUCGCUGCCUCCGUUUCGGCAGUUGGUCUGUCCUUACAGUUGGCAGACUAUUGAUGUCAACUCUACGUACAGAAUUUGCUGCCCAGAUGGGUUUGGACUCUACGCUCCAAACUUCUCUAACACACAGCGCCCUGGGUUGGACGCUAUCUGCACGUCCUUUGUGUGGCCAGAGAUAUUGCUGGAUGUCACCAGCUACAGUGGAACAACUUCAACUGUGGUUCCCAUGGCGGCUGGUGUGAAUGGAACCUUGGUACUCGCAAGUGCCUUUGACGGUGCGAGUGCGACGUUUACGGUUACGGAUACGGGAACGGGAACCCCGACGACGUCUACGUCCACGUCCACGUCAUCUACAAGUAUAACCGAAUCCUCCACAACUACAAGUAAACCGUCCACGACUACUACAACUCGCACCACGUAUCCCACGACGGCUGCCCCUACCACCACAGGCAUUGCAGGACUGCCAUCCUGUGGUCAGACGUGCUUUAGCAACCUCCUGGCUCAGUAUCAGACCCUUGGCUGCGGCACUUCUGACCCUGCCUGUCUCUGCAGGAAUGUCAACUUUGGCUAUGGCAUCCGUGACUGCGCCAACGGUGCUUGUGGCACUGCUGUCGCUAGUACAGUUAUUUCUUUUGAAAGCACAUAUUGUGCAUCCGCUACUUCAGCUCGCACUACUUUCCCAACUACUGCAGCACCAACAGUGACUGGUAUUGCAGGACUGCCAUCCUGUGGCCAGUCGUGCUUUAGCGCCCUGCUGGCUCAAUACUCAACCCUUGGAUGUGCUUCACCAGCACCAUCUUGCCUUUGCAAGAACGUCAACUUUGGCUAUGGCAUCCGUGACUGCGCCAAUGGCGCUUGUGGCACCGCCAUCGCUAGUACAGUUAUCUCUUUUGAAAGCUCAUAUUGUGCGUCUGCAACUGCAGCUCAUUAA